UUUGGCCCAUUUGCAUCCUAAACUACUUGGGGGGUAUAUAAUAAUUCAGUACACUCCCAAUUCCCAACCCUAAAGUUCGGAAACCUCGCAGCCUCCUUCACUCACACGGAUUACUGAAGCUCGAAUUGAUCUCCAAAUUUCGUUCCAGAUUGAGAAAAGUAGAAUUUCUUGAAUUCGUUGAAAGGAAAAAGAAAUGGGUUCGCGUUUUUGGACUCAGGGUGGAAGCGACACCGAGGAGGAGGAGGAAGAGGAAGAGAGUGAUUACGAUGAUGAUGUUGUUGUAUAUCAAGCUCUUGUUAAGCCUAAAGCUCCAAAUUCUGGAAGCAGGUAUCUACAGACAAAUGGUAGCGGUAGCGAUGAUUCUGAUGAUGAAAAGCGAGUGGUUGUUUCUGCUAAGGAUAAGCGAUUCCAGGAGAUGUCGUUGACGGUUGAUCAGAUGAAGAAUGCUAUCAAGAUUAAUGACUGGGUGAGCUUACAAGAAAACUAUGAUAAGAUUAAUAAACAACUUGAGAAAGUUAUGCGUGUUGCGGAAUCUGGUAAGGUUCCCAACAUUUAUAUAAAGGCCCUUGUACUGUUGGAGGAUUUUCUGAAUGAGACCUUGUCAAAUAAGGAGGCUAAGAAAAAGAUGAGUAGUAGCAAUGCGAAAGCAUUAAAUAAAAUGAAGCAGAAUCUAAAGAAGAACAACAAGCAAUAUGAAGAUAUGAUUAUCAAAUACAGGGAGAAUCCUGAGUCUGGAAUUGAAGGGGAAGAAGAGGAGGAAGCUGAAGAUGAAUCAGAAAGUGAAGAAGAGACUGAUGAACCUGGGUCCGAAAGUGAAGAAGACACUGACAAGGAGGAUGAGACCACGGAUGAACGUGGUCAUGUGGAUAAGCAUAUGGAUAGGCAAUUCAUGAAAAACCCUAGUGAGAUCACAUGGGAUACAGUGAACAAGAAAGUCAAAGAAAUUGUUGCUGGGCGUGGUAAGAAGGGAACUGGCAGAAUUGAGCUAGUCGAGCGUCUCACCUUCUUGACUAGGGUUGCAAAGACACCUGCUCAGAAACUUGAGAUCCUUUUCAGUGUUGUAUCUGCCCAAUUUGAUAUCAACCCUAGUCUCAGUGGACACAUGCCAAUUAAUGUGUGGAAGAAAUGUGUACAGAAUAUGUUUGUUAUACUUGAUAUUCUCACUCAGUAUCCAAACAUUCUGGUGGAUGAUUCUGUGGAGCCUGACGAAAAUGAAACUCAAAAAGGCCCAGACCAUAACGGUACCAUUCGAAUAUGGGGAAACUUGGUAGCCUUCCUUGAAAGGAUAGAUGUUGAGUUUUUUAAGAGCUUGCAGUGUAUAGAUCCUUAUACACGUGAAUUUGUUGAAAGGCUGAGGGAUGAGCCGUUGUUUUUGAUCCUGGCACAAAAUGUCCAAGAGUAUUUAGAGAAAUGUGGAAAUUUGAAGGCAGCUUCAAAGAUAGCCCUGAAACGUGUUGAAUUUGUGUACUACAAACCUCAAGAAGUUUACGAGGCGAUGAGGAAAUUGGCUGAACAACCAGAAGAAGAAAAUGAUGAGGCUGCAGGUGAAGAAUUUAAGGCAGUCGGUGAAGCUAGGGCCCCCCCUUUGUUUGUAGUAACUCCCGAGCUUGUUCCUCGGAAAUCAACUUUUCCCGAGCGCAGCAGGGAUCUGAUGGAUACCCUAGUUUCUCUCAUUUACCAAUUUGGAGAUGAGAGAACAAAGGCUCGUGCAAUGCUAUGUGAUAUAUAUCACCAUGCUCUUAUGGAUGAUUUUACAGUUGCUCGUGACUUGCUGCUGAUGAGUCAUUUACAAGACACAAUUCAACAUAUGGAUAUUUCAACCCAGAUAUUGUUCAAUAGAGCUAUGGCUCAGCUUGGUCUCUGUGCUUUUAGGAUUGGUUUGAUCUCAGAAGGACACAGUUGCCUUUCUGAAUUAUAUUCAGCUGGAAGAGUGAGAGAGCUACUUGCACAAGGUUUCUCUCAAAGCCGGUACCAUGAGAAGACUCCUGAACAGGAGAUGAGAGAAAGAAGGCAACAGAUGCCAUAUCACAUGCACAUCAAUUUGGAACUUUUAGAAGCAGUUCAUCUGACUUGUGCUAUGCUGCUGGAGGUCCCCUAUAUGGCUGCCAACACCUUCGAAUCACAGCGCAGGAUCUUAAGCAAGACUUUCAGGAGAUUGCUUGAAGCUAGUGAGCGUCAAACGUUGCGUGGCCCACCUGAAAAUGUCCGGGAUCAUGCAAUGGCUGCUACUAGAGGUCUCACUCAAGGAGACUUUCAAAAAGCGUACGAUGUCAUCACAUCUCUAGAUGUGUGGAAGCUCCUGAGAAACAAAGACGAUGUUUUUGAAAUGCUGAAAUCCAAGAUCAAAGAAGCAGCCCUAAGAACAUACCUAUUCACUUAUGCUGCUUCGUACAGCUCUCUGAGCCUUGAUCAGCUGUCUAAGAUGUUUGAGCUCUCAGAAGCUCAGAUACACAGUAUCGUGAGCAAGAUGAUGGUUAAUGAAGAACUCCGUGCUUCGUGGGACCAGCCUACUCGGUGCAUCAUCUUCCAUGAGUUUGAGCAUACUAGAUUGCAAGCUCUUGCAUUCCAGUUGACUGAAAAGCUAUCUAUUCUAGCUGAAAAUAACGAGCGAGCUAUGGAGGCCAAGUUAGGUGGUGGUUCAUUGGAUGGUUUGCCUCUUAGGAGGAGAGACGGACCAGAUUAUGCUGCGGUCGCCUCUGGUGGCGGCGGUGGUGGUAGGUGGCAAGACAACUCAUAUUCUCAAGGAAGAUCGGGUGGGCGAUCUGGAUAUGGAGGAAAGACAAUGACUCCGGGGCAAUUUUCUGCUGGAGGGUAUUCACGGGACCAUGGUGGUCGCUCGAGAGGGGUGGGCUCUUAUGGUCGUUCUUCUAUGCGUGGUCAACAAACAGACUCUUCGGCCCGUAUGGUCAGUCUUAAUCGCGGGGUCCGUUAAUCUAAGAUACUUUAAUGAUUCGGAAAUUUUGUCAGUUUCAAAACUAAGUUGUUUCUGUCAUGUACUACUGUAUUUUCUGAAUGGAAGUUUUGGUUUUAAAUUAGACUUCAAAUUGGACUAACUAUGUUGCAUUGUUUGUACGCUGUGUUAAAGUAGCUAUUCUUGCUCUAAUCUAUGUUCUUGAAUUUGUGUUUAUGUCUAA